AUUAUCUCUUUCGUAAACAAACCUGAAGUAAUUCAAGUGCUCUGUAUUUUUUAUGUAGAAGUUGUGUUCUAAUUAUAAAAAAAUCACUACUCGAUAUAUUACUAAAGAUAUGAAGAGGAGAGAAGUAUUCUCGGAUUAUCGAACUAAAAGGAUUUUAACAGCCAGAGAAACAUUAACUAAAGGUCUACUGCCAAAGAACAAUAAUAAGUUUAAACUUUAUAGAAAUGAGCGAAAAUUGAAGGGUUUUCAAGAUGAAAUUCCAAUAAAAAAUUCUAAUCAAUUCUUAUCUGGUAAUAUUACUGUUAAAAUAUUUACUACCGUAAAGAAGAAAGACGAAACGGAUGUCGACACUCCUCACCAAAUCUAUAAAUUAGAUGGUAAUGAAAAAUCAGUUUUAGAAGUAUUAAGAUCAUUAAAAGAUCAGCAAUUAACGUCUAAGGACCUUGUUAUAUGGUGGUUAACGAAGAACGAAAGUGAGAAAUCAACGAACGCUCAACUUGAAUAUUCAGAUUACAGGAAGCUUCAUCUAGUAUAG